AUGCCGCCAAAGUUUGAUCCGUCACAAGUCGUCGAUGUUUACGUCCGCGUCACCGGUGGUGAGGUUGGAGCAGCGAGUUCUCUCGCUCCGAAGAUCGGGCCACUCGGUCUCUCUCCGAAGAAGAUCGGAGAAGACAUAGCCAAGGAAACGGCGAAGGACUGGAAGGGUCUUAGAGUCACAGUCAAGCUCACCGUACAGAACCGUCAGGCUAAGGUCUCCGUGGUUCCUUCCGCCGCCGCUCUGGUAAUCAAGGCGCUGAAGGAGCCUGAACGUGACCGUAAAAAGGUGAAAAACAUUAAGCACAGCGGGAAUAUUUCACUCGAUGACGUGAUCGAGAUCGCGAAGGUUAUGCGCCCUAGGUCCAUGGCUAAGGAAUUGCAAGGAACUGUGAAGGAGAUCCUCGGAACUUGUGUUUCUGUUGGCUGUACUGUCGAUGGAAAAGAUCCCAAGGAUUUACAGCAGGAAAUUGCUGACGGAGAUGUUGAGAUUCCUCAGGAUUGA